UGGUACUAGAAAAAAUAACAGCGACACCGACAGCAUCAAGCAACCAACACAAACUGAUUUCUCAUUUCGUAGCAUCAACCGCUAACUAUCCAGAUACUAAUUUUCGCUUUGGUUUGGUUCAAUUCUGUCCGCAGACAUGGUUUUCAGGCCAAUGAGUGGUAAUUGGUUAGCACUGUUAAGAAACAGUUAUGGAGGUAAAGCCGCGUACGCAACCUCAACAGCACCAAAGAUGAAAGCGUAUGCAGCUGCGGCUGAUUACGGACACAAGCAACAACAUGGGAAGUCGGCCAAACGGGACUUUGUGGCAAUUUACGUGGCGAUUGGGAUGAUAGCUCUGUCCACAGGGCUGGGUCUCCACACUGCGUGGCAGCAACUGAGGAAUUCCCCGACGGUGAGCGUGAAGAAGCAGAGGAGGGAGACCCUCCCCGAAGUGGUGGAACCCGACCACGUGGCGGAGGAGGCUGAGAAAUUCAUGAAGAAAUCCUUCUUCAGGAAGGUGGCGCACGUGCAAGAGCGUAGCUACCCUGAUCACCACCAAAUCCUUAGUCCCAUUCACGGAGAUGCCUAUACUUAUACCCCUCGUGUCGAGACCCUCAAGUCCGUUGGGGUCGAUCCCUCGCACGUGUGACUAGAUAAUUACUCUAGUUUUUGCUUUUCUUACAGGUUGUAAAUAGAACUCUUAAGUGUCUAUCUAUGUGACUUGUGCUCUGCCUUUUAAUAUCUCAGUUUUGUGUUAGUAAGUUAAAUGUGAAAAUUUCAUGCCAGGCCUCUCUGCGGGUAUUUUUACAAUUAGUAAGAAUCAAGGGAAUUAUCAAAAA